UCCACAUUUCUCAAACUACUUUGACCUUCGCAACGGAUUCAAGCAGCGGGGUGAACAAUGGACUUUGACCCCUUCUUUGGCGCGCCGUCCUUCACGUCGCCACCUGGUCCCGCCGCCGAGGACGCCAACUCGACCGCGACCCCUGCGCCGGCCGCGCCCACUUCCAAAGUAGCCGCCAGCACUGGCAGCAGCUGGUUUGGCAGCGUGCUGACCUCUGUUCUGCAAUCGUCCGAGCAACUCCUUGAAGCUACGAAGCGCGACCUGUCGGAAUUUGUUCACGUCAUUCAGCAUGACACGCAGCAAGUGGUGGCGGACUCGGCGCAGCUCAUUCACGGUCGAAUGCAGAAGUUGCAACAGGAAGAAGAACUCGCUCGCGCACAAUCAGGCGAAGAAGGCAAGGACGCUGGCAAGUCGCUCACCUCCACGGUCUCUGGAUUUUUUGGAUCCAUCACGGCGUCCAUUGCCUCGGCUGCAGCUCCGGCUCCAGCGACGGCAUUGGCGUCUGGCUCGUUGGGGAGCGCAGGAGCCGCCUCUGGGUCGUCUUUGACUCAAGGGGCGGCCAUGCCUACCUCUCGUGCGGACGCGCUCUUGGUCGCGCUCCAAACCAAUCCCGCCACGUAUACGGCCGACAUUCCGGCGAAUCAGCGGCAGCGCUACGAUGCCUGGGUGAGCACGGCGAACGUUGAUGCAAUGACGGAGCAAAUUUCCCAACUGCUGGGCGACCAUCCGGAAGUGCGGACGCUGCACACCAAGCUGGUCCCUUCGACCAUUUCGUACACACUCUUCUGGCAACAUUACUUUUUCCGAGUGCACUUGUUGCGUGAGGAAGAGCGCAACCGUGCCAAAUUGAAAGAGCGAAUGGAAUCAUCCGUGAUUGAAGAUGUUGAUUGGGAUGAUGAUGAUGAUCCCACGCCCACUCGACAAGACACACCUCCAAGCCAAACAGCCCCGCCGCUGAGCCAGGACAGUUCCACUUCGACCUUGCGCACUGUCUUGUCAGCCGUAGAGCAGCCCGCCCCUGCCCCGGCGGUUACAACGGCACGACAGCGGUCAUCUGAGGCGCCCUCUGACGAUGACGACGAAAUCCACCAAAUCUUGCAGACAUCAAGGUCGCCUGUCGCUACACUCGCUCCAGAACCUGCGGCGCCACCAAAAGCGGCGCCACUGCAGCCCAGUCCAUUCAGUGGAUUGCCGGCACCAUUUUCCUCCGAGCCUGCUUUGAACACACCCGCCAGUGCUGUGCUGAGCCAUGCCUCUUCACGUUCUACGAGCACGACCUCGACGGAGAGCUUCGAGUUGGUCCUUCCUGGGAACAAUAGCGGUAUGGUAGUAACGACCAAUGCGACCGGCACAACGACGCGAGUUUCGCAUCCCCCAGCAGCUGUUGGCGGUGACGUGGAGGACGAUGAUUGGGAAACGUGGGAGUGAUUUUUGUUUUUGUUUCCGUCUGUGCGUUGUAUUUUGAUAUCGCGUUUAUUUGUUAUUUUUGCUGUUGGUGAGCUGCGAUUAUGUCUUGCUUGUUAGUAUUAGCAUUGCUCG